CAAGAUGACGAAGCGCACCAAGAAGGUCGGUAUCACGGGUAAAUAUGGUACCAGAUACGGUGCCUCCCUGCGUAAGCAGGUGAAGAAGAUGGAAGUGUCCCAGCACGCCCGUUACAUCUGCACCUUCUGCGGAAAGAACACCGUCAAGCGCAAGGCUGUUGGUAUCUGGGAGUGCAAGGGUUGCAACAAGACCGUCGCCGGUGGUGCCUACACUGUCUCGUAAGUACCAACUCUGCUGUUGCCGCUGCUACUUUGGAUAAGCUGCGUCUUGGGUCCAGUGCAAUCUCCAUCUACUUGGACUGGGCCCUUGAGAAGCGGGCAUGACAUGGAUGCUAAUCGCUCGGAUUGUGUUACAGUACCCCCGCCGCCGCUGCUACCCGCUCCACUAUCCGUCGUCUCAGAGAAAUCGCG